AUGGCUGCCGAAAGCGCGGCACCGGUGAUGGCCAAGCCGAAGAUUGAGCCUGAGAUGGUCAAGGUUCAGAUCCAAGAUGUCGCGUCGAGCCUGAUCGGUGAUGACUCCAUCGCUGCCGAUACGCCGUUGAUGGAUGCAGGCCUGGACAGUUUGUCCAUGGUCGAGUUCCGAAACGAGCUGCUCAAGGAAUUCCCUGGAAUCAGCCUCCCCGGUGCCCUGCUGUUCGACUAUCCGACAGCUCGGGGCUGA